GGGGAGGCAGUGUUCGCUCGUUUCCGAACCAGGUGACAUGUGGGUUCUUGAUGGUGACUUCCCUCCUUGCUGAUAGGUUGGCUGUGAUUUCAGUGCUCGUUUGCUGGCCAUACUUUCCUGCCCGUUACACAGCCCGUGUCCCCAGCGUUAGGUACGACAAUAAAUUAGUCAACAAAAGGUAAGGUAAAAGUUGGCUUUUACUGGGGGGACGGGCGAAAAGGUUCGAUAUCGCUUCACCCCGGAAUUGGAGAAACUUGUCGAGCGAUCCUCGAAACAACUCCCCCCACCCCCCCGCAAAAAAAAACAACAACCACCCCAAAACAAUAAGGCCAUCGGACUCUCGAACCGGCCAGCCAGCUUUCAGGUGAAGGUGAAGAAUUUCCGAGAGCACCAACCUCAGGUUUACCAACCAAAAAAACCAAAACCCUCGCGUACAACCCUUACCGGUUGACUGAUUCGCUAAACUAGGUCUCUCGCGCGGGUACAGGCUUCUCGGCAGCGAACACCAACACAGCAUCGUUCGCGGUGGAAAAUGCAAGGCACCACGGGGUUGUGCCUUACACGCUCACACACAGUACGCACCAGGGCUGGUCCCUCUGUCGGUCGGUGGUUUUGGGGGGUGACGGCUGAUAGCACCGGGCCGAAACUGGCUAUCGGGUUCACCUGAAAUAAAACGUUUACCGCAGGCACCGAACGCCUGGGUGUGUUAACGCCGGACCGUGCCGGGUGGGAAGAUGUUUUCUUGUCGUGGCUCCACAACCGUGUCGGCGGUGAUCGCCCUGGUACUGUUAGGCGCGCCGCUAGCCGAACCCUACCGGGACGGUAAGUUUGGGGCCCGCGUCGUCGGUCGCAUCCGCGAGCGACGGUUGGAGCGCAUCCAGCAACGUCAGCGAGCGCUGAUCGCGUCCAAUGAAGCAUACAGCGAUUACUCCCUGGAUGAGGUGCGAGCGGCGUUCGAGAAUGGGACCGAUUACGAGAUGAAUCCGGAUGCCUCGGCGGAGGAAGUGCGUCGACCUCCAGUCAUACCGCCCGCACUGCUCGAAGCCCUCAAACCCUCCUCCCGGCGGACGAUGUUCGAGGGAAAGAUCAUAUUCCGGUUCUACCAUGGCGGCAAUCUCACCAAACAGACCACGCUGAAAGACAACGAUCGGCUGCUGAACGGUACCGACUGUUCGCCGGACGAACCGUUCGCACUGAUCGUGCACGGUUGGCGCGAGAACUGCUACGAGGUGCCGUGGGUGUUGGAGUUGCGCGAGAACCUGCGCCAUCAUCGGGGUGGGUGCGUGGCCUGCAUGGACUAUUCUUCCUUCUCGAGCGGUGGGUACGGCGGGCUGGUCGGUGUGUUCCGGGACAUCCGCGACGUACUGCUGCACUUCUUGCUGCAGCUCCGGUACGAGGGCGUCCAGUACGAGCGAACGUACCUGUUCGGGUUCAGUUUCGGUGCACAGCUAUCGCUGGACGUGGGCAAUCGGAUUGGCGGCCAGGAGCUGGAAGCGAUCGAUACGUGCGAUAUGGCGGGACCGGGCUUCGAUACGGAUCGGGCGUUUAAGCAGAAUGAUUUCCGAACGGCAGCGAAAAACGUCCAGUGUAUACACACGAGCAUCGACAAGGGUACGAAGUUUCCGAACAAAUGUCACCAAAACUGGCGGAUGGGACAGUGUGGAUUAAGGCAGGCGGCUGCGGGACCACCACCGCUGGGAUCGCACGGGCUAUGUCCGGUGUUUUACAACCUUGCGUUUAAGUACCAGUUCCUGGCCCAACCGAAACCGGCCGAAUGUUUGUCGCUCAGUGAGAUGGCCACCUAUCCGCGCAACUACCGGAUGGGAUACAUGGAGACAAGAAAGAGUGAGGUACGUGGCGAACUCUUCGCCCAGACCUCGGACGUGUACCCGUACACGGUGUUUACCAACCCGUACAACAUAUUCGAGUAUGGCUUCUAAGACGGUAUGGAUGGAGGCGGAUAGAUCUACUCCAAAGACAAGCACAGGUAAUGUCACACUGGAGAGCGAGACCGACAAAAAGCAUUCUACCCAACCCAGGUGCCAAUUUAAGGAUCCAGUGCCAAGCUUUUAAUGGUCGUUGUACACACUCUGCUGUGUAGGAGGUCUUUGCUUUUACCUCCCAAAAACCUUCACAUUAUGGAGCUGGUGCGGAGUAGUACAGCGGACCUGGUUGAAAGAACCCAAUGAGCUUGCAGACACGAGGGAGUAUAUUUCCUUACUCGUAAGUCUGACACAGUUGAUUGUUUUACUUUUAUAGCCCCUAAGUAUUGAUGAAAUAAACAUUUUACCUCAUAUUUAAUACCCGUAACUGAUCCAGCCCA